AUGCCACAUUAUAUAAGGCAUCGUCGUCUUUGGAAGUGUGAAACAAGACCUGGAGGUGCAGAAGAGGCGAAAAUUUCACAGGGUGCCGGCGACCUUGCUCUUAACAUUGACGCGCGCUUCAUACUUGAACCCAUUACGGUGAAGUAUUUGACAUCGUUAUCCUUCCCGUCACAGGGAUGCUUAGAAGCGUUGGAUGGAACCUAUGAUCCCGUGGGUGUUCCUCAUCCAAGAAAAGACUCAAAAACGCUUGUGAAGGAAAUCGAACCUUUCCUCGACUUCAGCCACCGUGAAGUUUUCCCCGAGAUCUAUAACCAAUACACCGCGGCAGUAGGCGAAGACAUUCGACCCUGGUCUGUCAUUUCUCCAUUCAAGACCAAAGUGGGCCUCUACAAGGAGGUCUAUAAACAGGUUGUCGACCUCUUUGGUCCACCGAUCAUCGUAAAGAAACUCAUCUUGUGUGGCUUCCUUCCCAAACGGGCCAUUAUCCUGAUUUUCGAUGACAAUAUAGGAUUGGUUAAAUGA